UUCCCCUUAUCCUCCCGGCUCAAUGAAGCUUUCUUUUCCCGCAGGUUGGAGGCUGGGCAGCUGCGAUCAGAGAGCUGGAUUGCAAGCGGCCGCCGGGUGGCGGCCCCCGUGGCAGUGGGAAGCCUUCCAGCCCCCAGCCCUUCCUCCAUGUCCCUGGCUAGCCCGAGUGUAAACAGUACAACUCGGGCAGGGCCACGGAGUCAGGAAGCGCGGAAGGAACUGCCGGGGGCCAUGGACGGGGCUGUGAUGGAAGGACCGCUCUUUUUGCAGAGUCAGCGCUUCGGGACCAAGAAGUGGAGGAAGACCUGGGCUGUGCUCUACCCGGCCAGUCCCCAUGGUGUAGCGCGGCUCGAGUUCUUUGACCAUAAGGGGUCGAACUCUGGAGGUGGCCGCGGGGGCUCGCGCCGCCUGGACUGCAAGGUGAUCCGUCUGGCCGAAUGUGUGAGCGUGGCUCCUGUGGCAGUGGAUAGCCCCCCUGAGCCGGGCGCCGUUGCGUUUCGCCUGGACACUGCGCAGCGCUCGCACCUGCUGGCAGCAGACGCUCAGUCCAGUGUCGCUUGGGUGCAGACGUUGUGCCGAAACGCCUUUCAGAAAGGCAGCUGGGCUCCGGUGCUGGCAGAGAACCCACCUAAGCUUUCUGCCCUGGAGAUGCUGGAGAAUUCGUUGUACAGCCCCACCUGGGAAGGAUCCCAGUUCUGGAUAACCGUCCAGAGGACUGAGGCUGCUGAGCGCUGUGGCCUGCAUGGCUCCUAUGUGCUGAGAGUAGAGGCCGAGAGAUUGACACUCCUGACCGUGGGAACACAGAAUCAGAUCCUAGAGCCACUCCUUUCCUGGCCCUAUACCCUGCUGCGGCGUUAUGGGGGUGACAAGGUCAUGUUCUCUUUUGAGGCGGGUCGCCGCUGCCCCUCUGGCCCUGGAACCUUCACCUUCCAGACCGCACAGGGAAAUGACAUCUUUCAAGCAGUUGAGACUGCCAUCCAUCGGCAGAAGGCCCAGGGGAAGGCAAGAGAGGGGCAAGGUGUCCUCAGAGCUGACUCCCUUGCAAGAGAGGGGCAAGGUGUCCUCAGAGCUGACUCCCAAGAAGGGGAGGUGGCAGAAGGGAAAUUGGCUUCUCCUCCUGUUCCCCAGGAGGUACUAGGCAGUACCCCAGUCCUGUAUGCUGAGCCCUUAGACUCCCUGCGCAUUCCUCCAGGCCCUUCCCAGGACUCUCUCUACUCAGACCCCCUGGACAGCACCUCUGCUCAGGCAGGGGAGAGGGUACAGCCCAAGAAACCUCUUUACUGGGACUUGUAUGAGCAUGUGCAGGAGCAGUUACAGAAGGCCAAGCUGACGGACACCAAAGAGGACCCCAUCUAUGAUGAACCUGAGGGCUUGGCCCCAGCCCCUCUUCGGGGCCUUUAUGAUCUGCCUCAGGAGCCCAAGGAUGCAUGGUGGUGUCAGGCUCGAGUGAAGGAGGAGGGCUAUGAGCUCCCGUACAACCCUGCUACUGAUGACUAUGCUGUGCCACCCCCUCGGAGCAUAAAGCCCCUCCCAGCUCCCAAACCCCAGGGUCUGGCCUUGCCUGAACCUGGUGCUACAACUGGCAGUGGCAGCAAGGGCCACAGGACAGACACUGCCCUGUACAGUCAGGUUCAGAAGAGUGGGGCCUCAGGGGGCUGGGACUCUGGGUUCUCUAGAGUAGGGAAUGACAGAACUGGAGUCAAGACAGAGGGCUCUACCUGAGAAUGUUGCUGAUAUGAGGACCAUGGUAUAUGACAGCCCCCAACUCCCAACACACACACUUUGCAUGUAGGUAACAAGCACCAAGCACUUGUCUAUUUGGAGCUAAAG